GGGAGCCAGGCGCCGGAAGUGACGCGCGGUGGCGGGCGGACGGGGCGGAGCUAUAUAAGCGCGGCUCACACCGUCCGUUGUAUUGUUGAAGCGGAAGCCGCGCCCGAGCACGUGAUACCUCUUACCGAGAACUCACCGAGAUGGGGGACAAGAUGGACAUGUCCCUGGACGAUAUCAUUAAGAUGAACCGGAGCCAGAGGCCGGCAGGCCGAGGGCGGGGAGGCAGAGGGGCCCGGGGAGGACUAGGCCGCGGUGGGGCCGGAGCUCGAGUUGGAGGCGGCCGAGGGGUCGGUGGAGGGCCGCUGAGGACCAGGCCGAUGAUGAGCCGGGGAGGCAGGAACAGACCCGCACCGUACAACAGGCCGAAACAGCUUCCAGACAAGUGGCAGCAUGACCUGUUCGAUAGUGGCUUUGGGGCAGGAGGUGGUGGUGGGGGUGGUGUGGAGACUGGAGGGAAACUGCUGGUUUCAAACCUGGAUUUUGGGGUAUCUGAUGCAGACAUACAGGAGCUCUUUGCAGAGUUUGGUACUUUAAAGAAAGCAGCUGUACACUAUGACCGAUCGGGGAGAAGUUUAGGAACCGCAGAUGUGCACUUUGAGAGAAAAGCAGAUGCCCUGAAGGCUAUGAAGCAAUAUAAUGGGGUUCCAUUGGAUGGUCGCGCCAUGAAUAUCCAGUUAGUAACAUCACAAAUUGAAGCUCAGAGGAGACCAGUACAAAUACUAAGCAGAGGCGGAGGUGGUGGUGUCAGACAACGAGGAGGUGCCACAGGUUUUGGAGCUGGUGGUGCAAACAGGAGGGGAGGAAGAGGUGGUAACAGGGGUCGUGGGCGAGGAGCUGCAAGAAGCCCAAAACAGCAGCUAUCAGCAGAAGAGUUGGAUGCACAGCUUGAUGCCUAUAAUGCUAGAAUGGAUACCAGCUAAUCUGUACUCGUGUUUUCCUGUGUUGGCUCUGAAACUUUCUACGGACGGACUGUUUUUUUGCUUUUAUUUCUGAUAGGGUUUUAAACUCAUGUAAAGUUGCAUACAUUUUCUUUCUUACAUUAGCAGACCUGUUUUGUAUACAUUUUCUGGAUGAAUUUUACUGGUUGAGUGUUAUAUGCAGGAUUUUUUUAAUUAUUCUCCCCUUAACCCCCCCUACCCUUACUAAAUAAAACAACCUCAAUGUUUGUUUUGUCACUGUUUUUUUUGGUAAGGGAUCAGCAUGUCCAGUGCAGUUGGAAGUUUAAGAUAGGGGGGUUAUCCCUGGUUAGUGCAUUGUGCCAAUGUAAAAUGCUCUUUAUAUCAAACUGUCCCUAUUCCAUGAUACAGGCAUAUAAGUAUUGACCAUUAAACGCCACUGGGUCUGCA